UUCACUUCGUCGUUACUAUCUCUCUACAUACUUCCAAAUCCCAUCUCCAUUUUCUGUUCGCUCACUCUGAUUUCUCUCUCCACGUCUGGCCUUUUUGAGGUGAAGGUUUUUCACAACAAAUUAGGGCAUUUUAAGGAUAAAAGGUGUGAUUUUUUUGAGUUAAUGGAGGCCGCGCCCGGUGCUACUGCCGCGGUGCGCAAUGGCGGGGUUGCGAUGCUGGAUUCUUCGCCGUUUGAACCUUCCCGCGACGAGUGGCGCGUAGUAUCUGAGCAAUCGGUUAGAAGCUCCGGUAACGAGGAGUUGGAGCGCUCAAAAGUAGGUCGAUCGGAUGAGAGAUUAAUAUACGAGGUGCAGCAUGGAAGAAGGCAACUCGAUGUUGAUUUUCACUCGAUCGUGAUUGAUGGGGGUCUGGAUAAUGAUAUUUUGCAGCAAAGACUUCACAAUGUAGUGGAAAAAAGGGAGGAGUUGCAGAACAUGGAGCUUGAACUUCGAGCCCAAGUCUCCGUACGAUCUGAAGUUGCGAGAUUGCAUAAUACAUUUGAUGGUCAGAUAAAAGAGCACAUGAAUGCCAAUGUCAAACUUCAGGAACAACUGCAUGAAAAGGAACAGAAGAUAUAUGAGUUGGAGAGAAGGAUGGAUGAAAAGGAAAGAGAAUUACAUGCUAUCAGAUUGGACAAUGAAGCGGCUUGGGCCAAAGAGGAUCUUUUAAGGGAACAAAACAACAAGCUUCAGAGCUACAUGAUGGAGAGGGAUAAUGUCGAAGCUGAUAGAGCACAGCAUAUUAAACAAAUUCAUGAUCUUCAGGAACAUAUUCAAGAAAAAGAGCGCCAGUUCCUUGAAUUGCAGGAACAGCAUAGGAUUGCUCAAGAAACUGCCAUUUUUAAAGAUGAGCAGAUAAGGGAUGCACAAACUUGGAUAUCUCGUGCUCAGGAAAUUGAUGCAUUGCAAACAUCCGCUAAUCACACCUUACAAUCUGAACUGAGAGAACGAACAGAACAGUAUAAUCAGUUGUGGCUUGGCUGUCAAAGACAGUUUGGGGAAAUGGAAAGGCUUCAUUUGCACGUACAACAGCUCCAGCUUGAAAUGGCCGAUUCAAGAGAAAAGAGUGGAAACCAAUCAGAUGCGUCUCAUGUUUUGCAUACAAAUUCAAAUGACGCAUCUCGACUUGAACAUGCGAAUGGUAUCCAGUUGGAGGUGAAUGAUCGCAACUCACCCAAUGUAAACACUGGUAGCUUAGAAAAUGGAAAUUCUGAAACUUCUGGAGGGACCACGGUAACACAGAAUGACCAAGUUAAUGGUGUUCCAUUUGCUCCAUCAUCCAUGUUUGGUAUGCCGGCCUACCUUCCAACUGCGUUGCAUCCAUUUGUAAUGCAACAUGGUGUACCUCAUCCCUCGCAAGUCACACAGUCUCCUUUGCAGUCAUUAUCCGGUAUGCCAUUGGUGCAAAAUUGGCAGAGCCAGCAGUAUCCUGAGCAAACUGAAGGAAAUUUGUCUAGGACGCAUUCUCAUUUUGACCAUGAAGCAUUAGCGGUAAAUGAGCAUGGUCAUCGUGCAAACUAUGUGGAUGCAAGCAUCGAUUCACAGCUAGAUGCUGCUGAUUCUGUGGUUCCAUCACCAAAUGGAGAGGUAGAGGUGCAUGACUCUAUAGAUGAGAGCCAUGAUAAAGCCCAAUCUCAGCUGAACUUGCAGCAAAUAUCAUCCCAGUUUCAUGAGGCUCUUAGAGUGGAUCCCCUCUAUAAUGGCAAUGACGCUAAGGAGAAGAAAGGCACACCUGUAAUUAGUCACAGCAUGGAUGACAGAAAUGCAAUGAUGGAACAUCCUAGUUUUGCAAUCAAUGCAUCUUCAUCAGAAGGACAAACCCGUGCUGUUAAUAUUAGUGAAACAGCCUCACGUACUGCCUCGAGUGAUGCUUCAACCAUUGCCUUUGCUUCCAUGGAGCAGAAGAGUGAUAUAGCUGGAAAUCUUGGGGAAAGUUAUCUAUUGGACGAAAGAGCAUUGCUGGCUUCUAUAGCUCGCGCUAUAGGAUCUGGUGGCAGGACCAGAAUUAGUUCAACCCUUCCAAAUAGACUUGGAAAAAUGCUUGCACCUCUUCACUGGCAUGAUUAUAAAAAGAAGUAUGGGAAGCUUGAUGAUUUUGUGGGCAAUCAUCCUGAUUUAUUUUUGAUCGAGGGAGACUACAUUCAGCUACGAGAAGGUGCACAAAAAACCAUAGCAGCCACAGCAACUGCUGCUAAAGUGGCCGCUGCAGCUGCUGCUGCAGCUGCUCCAUCUUCAUUCACAUCACUGACGCCUUCUGUAGCAGUUACUCCCAUGGCACAUUCCCACAGAUCGAAAAAGUUCUCAGCAAUGCAAAGUCAGAACUUGAACGGCAGCACCUUUCAUGUUGCUGGAGGAGUCUCAAAUGGUAUUUUGAACAGAUCAAACGAUCAUGCAGAACCGAAGAGCUCAGUUGGCAAUGGGAUGAGCCCUGACAGAAUUGAUUAUCAUCAAAGCAAGGUUUCAUCUCACGGGAAGCCUGGUAUGAGCAUGGCUGGGCAAAAACCGAACAACAGGACAACUACUGCUGCAUCAAGUCCCAGAAGAUAGUAAGAUAUUUUGGUAAUUUGAGCGACGUGCUGAUUAACUUAAUUUCAGCUUACAGGAAGAAGCUGUAACAUGUCAAGUUGAAAUAUGCAUUUUAUAUAUCCCCAUGGAAAUGUGAUUCAAGAUAUAAUUAUGUAUUGGUGACCGUAUAGUAACUGGGGCUUUUUUCCUAUUGGUGUCAAGCUAUCCCAUUUCUUAUAGCUUUUAAUUUUGAUGAUGACUAAACUGAACCCCAACCAACCAUGGUUCUAUUUUGACCACUAUGACAUUAAUCUAUGCCAGUUUGUAUGUA